AUGGAAACUGCAGAACCAGUGUCAUACGAAUUUCCCGGUCAUGCUGUUGGGGCGGUUGCGCCUCGUCGAAUGAUGGGCUCGAAUGUCGGCCACAACUUUCCAUUUUAUACCAAUCCGACUGGUGGCUAUACGCUUCCAUUCCAUCAAUCGUCGUCCCCUGCGUAUAGCUUCGGACACACACUCAACCACCACCACCAUCAUCACCACCAUCAUCCGGGCUACCAGCAUUAUUUCGUCGCCGGCCAGCAACCGAUUAACCCCCAGCCGGUCCGUCUAUCCUCUGAACCACCAUCCAUCCAGCAAAUUCCCGAUAUUCGGCCGGCCAAAAAUGCCGUUAACCGGGUAGCCAGGGAUCCUUUAAUGAAGGUCGAGCACAACGGGGGCUCACAACAACCUCUCGGAGCCCAGUCCUCGAGUAACGAAGGAGGUGCACAGGAGAAGAGCUCCAGCUCCAACGAGGUUGAGUUCUCCACGGAGGUAGAUAUCUUGAUGAAGGCAAUUCAGGCCAAAGCCAGUGCUCAGUCACCGGGAGUGCAGUCUCUGCCACCACUGCAACAGUUGACACACGGGGGAAGCACCGGAUACCCUCAGAGUUAUACGAUGCCAGUGACGACCUCAAGGUGCACUGUUAUGGUCGAAGAGGCUCCAUCGAGAUCAGGCAAAAAGCGCAAGUAUGCUUGCACUUUACCACAGUGCGGCAAGAGCUUCGCGCAGAAGACGCACCUGGAUAUUCAUAUGCGGGCUCACACGGGGGACAAGCCCUUUGUGUGCAAAGAGCCAUCAUGUGGACAGCGCUUCUCUCAGUUGGGUAAUCUGAAGACUCAUCAACGACGCCAUACUGGGGAAAAGCCAUUUUCCUGUGAUAUAUGUCAGAAACGAUUCGCUCAACGAGGCAACGUUCGUGCUCAUAAGAUUACACAUCAACAUGCCAAACCUUUCACUUGUCUCCUGGAUGACUGCGGAAAGCAAUUUACCCAGCUUGGAAAUCUCAAGUCACACCAGAACAAGUUCCAUGCCACAACCCUACGAAAUCUUACUUUAAGAUUCUCACAAGUGACAGAGGGAGAUCACAUGAGCCCACAAGACAGGAAGCUCUGGGAAUACUUCGCUACAUUGUACAAGAACAGCAACAAAGGAAUCAAGGGGCGUGGGAAAGAUCGCAGGAUCUCGCCUACUUCACGGUCUGAUCCCGGCUCCGACUCCCGCAGAAGGAUCCAGCCUCUCAGCAGCAAUGAUGACAAGAUGCGCCGAGCAAGCUAUGAAGAUACAUCUAUGUAUAACGGGGGUUCUAGCAGCGAUGAUGACGACGCAGAACCUUAUUACAUUGAGAGGCAGGCUCAUUGA